UUGACUUUUAUUCGUGUACCACUUUUACGAUCCAUUCCAUUCCCACUGCCACCAACAGAGUUUUUGGCAAAGGUCCGCUUUGUCAAAGCUCACAAACCCAAGCAACCAUCAAUCAAAACGCAAAACAAACAACACAACCUACGAUACAACCUACGAUACGAUAAUCAUGUUGACUACACGAACACAAGUCCGUAACGACCCCGAGUUCCGCUCUACUGACGCUAGCGAAGAAUAUGAACUGGGCAGUAAAGGCGAGGUCAAUGGAGCUGCCGUAGCAGGAGGAAUUGCCGGAAUGCUGUUGGCGGGCCCUGUCUUUGGUGCCGUGGCAGCGGCCGGGGCGGCCUACAUGGCAGCUUCCAAGGAAGGUGACGCGGGCGAUUGGGCCCGAAAAAGUGGCAGUGCCAUGAAUGAUCUUGGAAAGAGUUUGGUCAAGGUGGAAAAGGAAAACAAACUGUUGGACAAGACCUCCCGAAGCCUCGUCCACGGGGCCAAGUGGGUUGAAAAGAAACUGUCAUCGAACAAAUCCCAAGCAGAUGCAAAGCGAGAGACAGAGGCCAAUCUGAUAGCAUAGAAGAUAUAGAGAGACUUUAGUAGCUUCCUAGCAUCUUUUUUCUGUUUGAUUUUCUCCUCGUGGAUGAGUCCUCUUACUUUAAUCAAAGUCCUGCCA